AUGAAUUAGGCCUGUGAGCCCAUCGGCGCGCGCGCGUGCGCUCGUACAUACCGUACGGUGCGAAUUCUGCGCUCGCGCGCACAAGUAUAAUCAAAAUUGAUUUUGACAGCAACCGAGUCGGACGUUGAGCGAGCGCUGUUCACGGUUCCACAAUAAUUGCCCAGCUGCAAAAUGUUUGCUGUGAAGAGAAUGCUGAGGCCAAGUCGUGCCGCUGCGCUGGCGAGGAUCUGGAGAAGCGCUAGUACUGCUGCUGCUCCACAGCCUAUCGUGACGCCCGACAUCCACUUCAAUAAGUUGUUCAUCAACAAUGAAUGGGUGGAUGCUCAAAGUGGGAAGACUUUUCCAACCAUUAACCCAGCUACAGAGGAUGUUAUUACUGAUGUAGCAGAGGCAGACAAGGCAGAUGUUGACAUUGCCUACAAUGCGGCAAAUGAGGCCUUCCGUCUUGGCUCACCUUGGCGUACUAUGGAUGCCUCUGAGAGGGGGCGCCUUCUCAAUAAGCUAGCUGAUCUGAUCGAAAGAGAUCAGGUCUACCUUGCAAGCUUAGAGACCCUAGAUAAUGGAAAGCCUUUCAACGUGGCCUUAGGUGCAGAUGUAGCUCUUACUAUAAAAUGCUACAGGUACUAUGCAGGCUGGACAGAUAAGAUUGAAGGAAAGACCAUCCCCAUUGAUGGAAAUUUCUUUGCCUACACCAGGCAUGAACCAGUCGGAGUAUGUGGGCAGAUUAUUCCAUGGAACUUCCCUCUGUUGAUGCAAGCCUGGAAGCUUGGACCAGCCCUUGCUGCUGGCUGCACUGUCGUCAUGAAGGUUGCUGAACAGACUCCGCUGACAGCUCUAUAUAUAUCUAAUCUGAUCAAAGAGGCUGGUUUCCCACCGGGUGUGGUCAAUGUUCUACCAGGAUAUGGUCCUACUGCAGGAGCUGCUGUGGCAUCUCAUCCUGGUAUUGAGAAGGUUGCUUUCACUGGAUCCACAGAGGUUGGUAAAAUCAUCCAGUCUGCUGCAGCAGAUAACAUCAAGAAAGUCACUCUAGAGCUGGGAGGCAAGAGCCCAAACAUUGUCAUGGCUGACUGUGACUUUGAUUAUGCUGUUGAGCAGAGUCACUUUGCUCUUUUCUUCAACAUGGGACAGUGCUGCUGUGCUGGAUCAAGGACCUUUGUUGAAGACAGUAUCUAUGAUGACUUUUUAGAGAAAGCAGCAGCUCGUGCUAAAGCACGCACCGUUGGGAGUCCAUUUGAUGCUUCAAAUGAGCAAGGUCCACAGGUUGACAAAGAGCAGAUGGAUAAGAUCCUUGGCUACAUUGAUAGUGGGAAAUCUGAAGGAGCCAAGCUUGUAUCUGGUGGUGCAAGAAUGGGAGACAAGGGAUUCUAUGUUGAACCUACUGUCUUUGGAGAUGUCACUGAUAACAUGAAGAUUGCGAAGGAAGAGAUCUUCGGACCUGUUCAGCAGAUCAUGAGGUUCAGUCAGAUUGAUGAAGUGAUUGAGAGAGCCAAUAACAACAUGUAUGGUCUUGCAGCUUCAGUCUUUACCAAGGACAUUGACAAGGCUCUUUACAUCUCCAACAGCAUGAGAGCUGGAACUGUGUAUGUCAACUGCUAUGACAUCUUCGCCGCCCAGGCUCCAUUUGGUGGCUACAAAGCAUCUGGCAGUGGUAGGGAGCUAGGAGAAUAUGCGAUAGACAACUACACAGAGGUCAAGUCGGUAAUAAUCAAGAUCCCGCAGAAGAAUACAUAGGCUAUCCAACCCACAUUCAUCUUCUUUGCGCCAUUUACUCCAUGCUUGUUUAAAAAAAAAACAAUUUCAACUGAGGAUUAAAUGUAUGCCAAAUACAGGGUAUUGAGCACUAUUUUAAGGGUUCUUUUGGGUGUGUUUUUUUUCUUUAUAUUUUUUGUUGGCUGGUGGGACUUUAUGUAAAGCUCAGUUUGUAUUUUAUUUUCUUGUUUAUUUGUUUUGUAGAUGUAUUUUUGUGCAUGUUUACUCAGGGAUUUUGAGGUCUGUAUUUUUAGUAAGAUUAGACUAUAUGCCUUUUCAAAUUAUGUAUCUUCAUGUAUUUCCAUAUCCAACUUCGUGGCUCCCUAGUGACUCAUCAGUUGUAGAAAUGAUUCUUUGUCCAAAGAAGUGAACUGUUAUAAUUUCAUUUUUUAGCUCUGUCUUGCAAUCAAGGCAGUGAAAAUCUUGUGUUAACACUUAAUUUUUUUUCCUGCUUCUAAUUCUAAUUGAAAUUUAUUAAUUUUUCAUUUUCCAGUCUUAAUGUCAUUGUAACAAUAUUGCCAUAAUAGCACUCUAUUUUUAUAUGGAUAUCUCUUCUUUCAUACUCAGAGAUGAUAAGAUAUACUUUGAGGACAUACGCAGAUAUUUACAAAGAAGUUAUUGAAAGAUAUUUGUAGAAUUCAGUAGAAUCACUUGCUUUGCUGCUAAACUAUCUUUUUAAUAAUCUAUACUUUUGAUAUUUCAAGUUAUGCAAUAUUGUAUAAUAUAUGGGAUUUUUAGAGUUGAUAAACAUUUCUUUCUACAUAUGUAGAAAAGGAUCAAAGAAAACAAAUUUACAGCCCUAUUCAUUUUCACCAAAAAUUAUAGGUUUUCAAUUUGAAGAUAGUCAUCUUCUUUUCUGCUGAAAUUAAUUGAUAACAUGUUUUAGUAGCAGUCUUGUUACCUUUGCUCUAUAAAUAUAUUCCUUUGAUUAUUUAACACAUUUAUCAUAUUGUCAUCCUGAAAUAAUGAUUUAUAUUUCCAUUUCUUACCGUAUGGAGCAAACAUCAAUCUGAAAGAAGAAUUUCUUUAAUGUUUAUUCAAGAUUUGCUGCACAUUAUAUGUUCAGGUUUUACAUUUUAGUAUCCUUAACCCUAAUUUAACUUGGCUAUUUCAGACCAGGAUAUUUAGGGGAGGGGGGGGGGGUGACUCCUUCCAUUCAUAUUUUUGCCGCUGUGAAUUUCAUAUGUUUUUCUUUGGUUUUUUUAUCGUUGAAAACACAAUUUGCAUUAACUUUGUACACCAAAUCAUGUUUUUUUUUAAAGCAAUUUUGAGUCUGACGUGCACUUACAACAUGUAACAUAAUUCUGGAACCGCAUGCCCAGGUGUCGCAAAUUUUGUCUCAAGAGAUAAGCAAGACUUGAAAGUAAAAAGUCAGCAAGUGGCGUGGUAAAAUUAAAAAAUUUUGUGGUGUUGUCGUGAAAUCUGUCAGUUAAAUUAGGGUUAAGGCAAACAAAAUGAAGUAAUUCUCAAAAAACUGGAGAGAAUAAUCAUGGUCCGUGUGUGUCAAUGUUUUUAUAUUAUUAUGUAUCUAUGUGAUUUUUAAAAACAGCCAUGGCAUGCCUUUUGCAUCUCUUUUUU